GGGGGUCCCCGGCGCGUGCUGGACGGCCCCGCGCGGCAGCGGCGGCUGCACCGGCAGCUCGAGGCGCUGGAGAACGACAACUUCGGGGACGACCCCCAGGCCGGGCUGCCCCGGCCCGGGAAACGGCUGCCGAACUUCAGCGACACCGCCGAGACCGGGAAGAAGAAGAAGAAAACCCGGGGCGAUCACUUCAAGCUGCGCUUCCGCAAGAACUUCCAGGCCCUGCUGGAGGAGCAGAACCUGAGCGCGGCCGAGGGCCCCAAUUACGUCUCGGCCGGGGCCGCGCCGUCCCGGCUGCCGCAGCGCCACUUCUGCGCCGUCUGCGGCUUCCCCUCGGGCUACACCUGCGUCACCUGCGGGGCCAGGUACUGCUGCACGCGCUGCCUGGGCACCCACCAGGACACCAGGUGCCUGAAGUGGACGGUGUGACCCUGCCCCCAAUAUGGCUGCCGUGGCCACGCCCACAGCAUGGCUGCCGUGAUGCCAGCCCAAAAUGGCCGCCGUGAGCACGUCUUGUUUGGUCCCGCCCCAAAAAUGGCCGCCAUGGCCACACCCCCAAGAUGGCUGCCACGACUCCACCCCCAACAUGGCAGACAUUGCCACGCCCCCAAGAUGGCCACCAUGGUCCCACCCCAAAAAUGGCUUCCAUGGCCGCGCCCCCAAGAUGGCUGCCAUGACUCCACCCCCAACAUGGCGGCCAUGACCACGCUCUCAAGAUGGCUGCCAUGGUCCCACCCCAAGAUGGCUGCCAUGACUCCACCCCCAACAUGGCGGCCAUGACCACGCUCUCAAGAUGGCUGCCAUGACUGCACCCACAAAAUGGCCAGCGUGGCUCCACCCCAACAUGGCGGCCAUGGCCACACCCCCAAGAUGGCUGCCAUGACUCCACCCCAAACAUGGCCACACCCAGAAAAUGGCUGCCAUGGCCCCACCCAUCAAGAUGGCUGCCAAAACUCCACCCCCAAGAUGGCUGCCUUGACUCCACCCCCAAAAUGGCAACCACGGCCACACCUCCAAGAUGGCUGCCUUGGCCCCACCCACAAAAUGGCCGCAUUGGCCCCACCCCCCCAAGAUGGCGGCCGGGCCCCGUUUGAACCAAAAUCCGAUUUUUUCCUCCCAAAA